CAUGACUGAGAAAGACAGCUGAGGGAGAUAGGACCUAUCCUACAAAAUGAAUACAAUCACAAAAACAAAGGGAACUACUUUUGCUCAAGACCGAUAGCAGCAUCGCGACUGAAAACCUUUGUCUUAUGUAAAUAUCUCGGCUACACAAUGGUCGGUGUGUUUGUCGAUUUCACAGACAGCCUGCCAUUUGGACUGUAGGCUAUGUGUUGUUUUGGUGAUCUCCCAAAGUCAGUGCAAUAACAAUACGCUACAACAGUCAUUAACAUUGAAGAUGAACGCGCUUGUUGCACUUUGCCAUUUCUGUGAACUCCAUGGGCCCCGAACUCUCUUCUGCACGGAGGCCUUGCAUCCUCCAUCCCCAUCUCCACAACCUGGUCAGUCUAUUCCGGGAGACAGGGACCGGGAUACGGACAGGGAGGGCGAGGGACUCACCAUGAGGGCCCACAGCUCAGCCACCCAGCGGGCUGACAUGUGUGAGGGUUGCCGGUCUCUGCCCGCAACUCACCCGGGCUUCGUCAGCGUGGACAAUGAGACAGGCAUCCGCUUCCUCAGCCACCAGCAUCCCCGGCAGCCUCAGCUCUUCAGCGUUGUCCGGCAGGCCUGUGUACGGAGCCUCAGCUGCGAGGUCUGCCCGGGGAGGGAGGGCCCCAUCUUCUUUGGCGAUGAGCAGCAUGGCUUCGUCUUCUCCCACACCUUCUUCAUCAAGGACAGCCUGGCCAGGGGCUUCCAGCGCUGGUACAGCAUCGUCAUGGUAGCCAUGGACCGGAUCUACCUCAUCAACUCCUGGCCCUUCCUGCUGCGCCACCUCCGCCUCACCAUACAGAGUCUGCAGAGCACCGCGCUCAAGGUUUUUGACAGCGAGCAGGGCGUAUGUCCGCAGAGGGCUGUGCGGAUGAACAGCGCCUUUUCCCCGGCGGUCUUUCCCCACCAGAGGAGCGGGAACGCGGCACGCUCCUUGUCAUCGCUCACACAGCACCCCAACCUGUGGGAGAGUCUCCACACCUCGUUCAGCUGGUUGCUGAAGGCUUGUGGGAGCCGCCUGACGGAAAAGCUCCUUGAAGGAGCCCCCACAGAAGACACGUUGGUACUCAUCGAGAGACAGACAGAACAGGAAGAGGAGAGAAGUGUGUGGGAGGGGGCCGAGGCCGAGCGGGGCAGCUCUACACCUCCACACUUUGACGACUCAAGAGGGGAAGAUCUUCCUGGGCCAAAGUUCAAAUCCCUCCGACAUUUAAGACAGAUCCUUGGGGCGCCAGAGUUUCGUCAACUGGCUUGGCAUGUUCUGAUGGGGAACCAGGUGAUAUGGAGAGGCGCCAAUCAAGUCCUCAUCCAUUCUGCUUUCACCAUGCUCAAGGCACUGCUCCCGGUGGGCUGCGUGCGCUCCGUGCCCUACAGCUCCACUUACGAGGAGGCGUACCGCUGUAACUUCUUGGGCCUCAGCCCUGACGUCCCAAUCCCUACUCAUGUCAGCUCAUCAGAGUUUUGUGUUUUGGUGGAUGUGGCGAGUGCUGAAAAAGGCUCCCUCUACCCUGUGGUGAGUGAGGAUGACAUUCUCUCCAGCUACCAGUUCACCAUCAGCAGUGCCAGCACACAGGCCACAGACAGAGGGCCGACUCUGCUGAAUAAGAUCGAAGCGGCACUCUCCAACGAGAAUCUCUCAGUGGAUGUGGUUUCUCACUGCCUGCUCUGUCUAAAAGAGGAAUGGAUGAACAAAGUGAAAGUGCUGUUUAAGUUCUCGAAGGUAGACGGCCGUGGUCGCGAGGACACCCAGAAGAUCCUGGCUCUCCUAGGUGCCACGGGCCCCGGAGAGGAAGACAACGUGCGGCUGCUCAAAUUCUGGAUGACUGGACUGAGCAAAACCUACAAGAGUCAUCUGAUGACAGCUGUUAGAGGGGGGGACAGAACGCCUAGUCAGUGACUGUUGAUGCCAGAGAGAGACUGGGAGGAGUAAACAUGGUUUAUAGAUGGAUUCUACAUUUUUGUUUUGCCCUGGCUGCGCGAUCCUGGCUGCGCACAACUCAACCUCUGACUGUUGGAAACCGCUGUCGGUCAAAAAAUUAGCUCACAUGGUUGGCUGCCAGUGUCCUGCCCCUCCUCACAACACCGUGUUUAUAAACAAAACAAAAAUCAUGUAUAAACUGAGUGACAUGCUAAUCUAACAAUUGUUCACAGUUGGGGGCUGGUGUUGGUCACAAUUAUCAAGACUGGACUUUUAGUUUGUUGCUUGUUCAUGGACAACAAUGAGGAGCUGCAGAAGAUCGCGAUCAACCGAUGAAAUAACUGUAUUUACUUUUGUUUUUGUUUUGGACAUCUGUUCCCAAAGAACAAAAGUCCAUCUCUCAUGUUUUUUGUUUUGGUUCAUGUGUUACAUGGUGGCAGUGAAUGUAUGUCAUUGUCAGAGAAAGCAUGGUUUAAUACUACUGAAAGGGAAUGCUAUCAAAAGCAGCUAUUUUGUUUCACGUGUUUAUUGCUAAAUUAUUUUGUUUGCCAAGAGAGGUAAAGAGGAAAGUGGCGUGUGUAGAUACUGUGCCUACGCGAACUAAAACAAUAAAGAAUUAUACCCGUUUGUACUACAA